AUGCCUCUGACAGCUUUCAAACAAGCACAUAUUUAUGAAAGGCAAGCAGCCCCAAAGGAAAAACAUAAAUCAAUCAUUCAGUGCCUUGAGUGCUAUGAUCGAAAUGUUUACAUGGGAACCAGAGAUUCACUUGUCCAGCACCUCAUCCUUUCCAGUAGCAUGAAUGGAGAGUUGGACGCUGGCCUGAGGAAAACCAGGGAAGGUAGGGUGAGAAAACUUGGCUCAAGCAACCCAGUAACCCAACUGAGGGCGGUCCCGGUUUUCAACCACCUUCUGGUGCUAUGGGACCGGUGCGUUAGUGCCCUCAACAUGUUCUCCUUAGAGCCCAUUCCCGCUCUGAAGAAGAUCCAACACGUAUCGUCGUUUGAGGUGUGCAAAUCAUCGCUCACAGCCCAGUCUCAGGCAGCAUGCGUGGAGAUGGUGACUUCCUCCAGCAGGAGGAAGGUGAUCCAGAUCCACAUGGUGGGGGUGGACAGGUGGGAGGCUGUGAGGGAGGUUUCUCUGCCCCAGGACCCUGUGGCCUUGGCAGUAGAUGGUGCCAGUAUCUGUGUAGCCACCAGUGACAGGUACCUCCUCUGCAACAGCAAAAGUGGGAACAGUGUGGAGCUCUGCCCUCAUAAUCACAGCAGGCAGAAUGCCCUCGUCACCUCAGCUGGAGAAGGGGAAUUCCUGCUGAAUGGGCCUGGAUCCUUGGGCAUGUUUGUGAUGAAAACAGGGAUAUGCCAGCGCCCUCCUUUGCAGUGGCCCGAGGAGCUGCUGGCAGCGGGAGUAUGUUUCCCUUACAUCCUGACCCUACAGCCCCAAGUGCUUUCUGUCUACAGCAUGUUGGAUCAGAAGCUCAAACAGACUGUGAGUCUCAGUGGGGCGAGAGGUCUGCUCUCCACAUCAGAUGGUGCGCUAGUGUUCACGGAGAGAGACAUUAUCAGCCUGUCUCUGGUGCCAUUAGAAGAGCAGAUCCAGGCACUUGUACGACACGACAGGGUAGAGGAGGCCUUAUUGCUGCUGGAUGGAGUUCAAAGCCACCUUCCACUUGACUCAUACAAGGAGCUGCAUAAGGCCAUCACUUGCCUGGCUGGAUUUAUUCAGUUUUACCAGGAGGCUUUUUCAGAGGCCAGGGAUCUAUUCAUAAAAGGUGAGCUGGACCCCAAAGAAAUCAUCCGGCUCUACCCAGGCAUGGCGUCCUGUCUUGAUGAGGCUUUUCAGUCCCAGCCUGUUCAAGUACGCAAGGCCAGGGAUCUGCAUGAGCUCUGGCAGGAGGACAGAAGCAUAUUUCUUCAUUACCUGGACUUCCUGGGUGACUUCCUCAGAGCCAUCAGAGGGACAGAGCAAGGCAUGAAGAGCAGUAAGGAGGUGGACUGCGCCCUCCUGAGGUUAUACGCAGAACAGGGAGACACUGACAACCUGGAGCAGCUUGUGGCAUCUCCCAAUGCAUGCAGACUGGACCUCUGUGUUCCUGUUCUGCAGCAGCACAAAAGAUUUUUUGCAUUAGGCUCACUCUAUCAGAGCCACAGGAUGCAAGCCAAUGCAAUAAAGACUUGGAUGAAGAUUACAGAUGGACAACUUGACGACCCCUCGUGUUCAGAUGUAUAUGAGCACAUCGUGCGGACUCUCAGUCAACUGGAGGACAGGGAUGCUGUGUGGACAUUUGCAGAUUGGACUCUGCAGAGAAACCAAGAGAUAGGAGUACAGAUUUUCACCAAGCGUUCCCCAGAUGACCAAGACACAUUUAGGACAGAUGAUGUCCUCAGUUUCCUGGAGAAGUACCCACUGGGACUGCUUUUGUAUCUUGAGUUCUUAAUCCAUGACUUGAAAAGUGAGGAGGAGAAACACCACAACCUCCUGGCACUGGCAUACAUUACUCAGACACUGCAAAGCGUCCAGACAGAAGUGGAAUCGAAUAUAGGAGCAAUCAGAGGGAAACUGCGGCAGCUACUGUGGGACUCAGUAUACUAUGACAUCAGCACCGUAUAUGAGAGAGUCAAAUCAACAGCUCUGCACACAGAGAGAGCCAUUCUUCUAGGCAGAGCAGGUGAAUACUCCCAGGCUCUACAGGUGCUGGUUCAUCAGGAGAGAGACCCCUGUGCUGCAGAGGCCUUCUGCUGCAGGGCUUCCCAGGGCCAGGGGACACAGCUCAGGCUCACCCUGCUGCUCACCCUGCUCAACAUUUAUCUGAGCUCCGAGGAUCUCACCAGUGCUGCUGUGGAUCUGCUGAACAGAAACCCUCACGUCUUUGCACCACAGACAGUCCUCCAGCUCCUGCCCGGCUCCUGGUCGCUUCAGCUGGUCUCCCAAUUUUUGGUGGGAGCCCUCAGGGAGACCUCCCACCAGAGGCGGAUGGGGCGUUUGCAAAGGGCUCUAGCCCAAGCAGAGCUCCUCAGACACAAGGUCAUAUUGGCCCAGGCUUCAAAAACAGUGUUUCGAGUGGACAAGGGCCAGGUGUGUAAGGUUUGUAAGAAGGACUUUACAGAGUUACAGUUUGUCUGUAACCUCCGGGGCGAGCUGAUCCACACGAGCUGCAGCGGCUACACGGCAUCAUAG